AUGUCCAAUCGACAGGGAUAUGGUUUACCACCGAAUGAAUUUUGGACGGGUGAUUGGCCUGUGGCCACUAUCAGUCCUUGGCAACCUGACCUGCCUUCUUGCACUCAGCCAAUCCGGAUGAUGCCAAUUGAGACCACAGGGCCGGUGGAAGUCGUGGAGGUUCCUCCUCCUGCUUAUGGAACGUCUUCUAGUGGCGGACCAAUCAAUGUGGACCUGCCUACAGACCCAACAACUGGAAACAAGCCGACGGAAGAAAAACCAUCGAGUGGAAGCGAAAAAACGAAAGGAGAAUUAGAGGUUCUACAGCGAAAUCGAGUUUUGGCAGAAACGGGUGAUAUCACCAGUGAUAUAGAAGAUGAAGAAUUCGAAGACGAAACAUUGGUGGAACGUUUAAUCGGUUUAACUGAAAUGUUCCCCGAGUCAGUGCGCCGCACUUUCAGUUCAGCUGCUAAAGUUACGUUUUCUGGCAUUAAGUCAACCUACUCUCUGAGUAGGAGUGUUUCUUGGUUUCUCGCAAGCACUGCCACACUGUGUUUUCUGCCUUUAUUCCUGGAGCUGGAACGUGUACAGACCGAAGAGCAGGAAGCAGUACAUCAAAGAACAAUGAUGCUUGGCCCUAGAGCUGCUGGUGGAGGUUCCGGACUCGCUGGAUUUUCAUCGGCUGUCCCUCAUCUUACCCCAAUGGACUCAAAAUAG